ACACACAAGGCGGAGACACUCCGCGUCCACUUUCACAGCGAGAUUUCAGCGUUAAAAUGCUCUCGAGUAAGUUUUACAAGUAAGUUUUGUGUUUUGACAACUUUGUUAUAUCCUCAAGAAAUAAACGAGCUGUCUGUUAAAGACGUCGCGCUGGUAAUGGCUGCAGAAAAGGAGCAUGAUGAUCCAUUCCAACAAAUUCUGCAUCAAAUCGGUGGAAAAAGUAACAUUCAUUUAAUCAGCGCUGUGAGUGGAUCUGAUGGAGACACCGGCGUGUUACAGGACUUCUUGGCUGAUUUGUUUAAUAACGAGGAAACCACCGACUGUGCUGGCAACAGUAACGGCGAAAUCAAAAUCCAAACAAACGUGUGCAGUCCUGACCAAUCACACACUGAUCAAUCAGAACAGAGUUCAACGGAUCACUGCAGCAACAGAGAGAAACCAGAUCCACUCAAGAACAAAACCGUGAGUUCAAGCCGAAAGAGCAGCGGAAAGCAGAGAGCCAUUAAAUGCUCCGUGAUCAUAUUCAUCUUCAAACACGACUACGUGUGUAAUAAAGAGAAUUACGUGUGUUUGAGGGAGAUUCUGAAGGACGUGAGAGCGCGGAUAAAGAGAAAUGCGCUCCGACCGGCUCUGCUGGGACUCGUUCACACUGACUGCGAUCAAUCAGAGAGUCACGAUUCGGUGGAAUUACUGGAUCGAUCAAUGCGAUCGGUGUUCAUUAAUCACCCCCCACAGGCAAUAUGGACCGGCCCAUACGUCACAAAGUCCCCGGAUUUGUUGCAGGAGAUCAGAUGGAAUGCCUGCAGGGCGGUGAACUCCUCAAUGUCUGCAGAUAGCGCCACUGGCAGGAAAAGCAGCUUGUUUUGGCAACCGAAAUGUUUCCCUGGAAUUUUCAGAAAGAGACCUGGAAGACAAGCUGACGUAAACACCAAUAGUUGGCAGCAAGCCAAUCCAAAUGCAACUGAGGAAGGAAUUCCCCUGCAGAUGCGGCCCACGGCGGACUGAAGCCGGGACGGCUUUGCUAAUAGACCAAAAUGGAUGACGAACAAGCCUCAAACUGUGUUCCUGUGUGCUACACAGGUCAUAUACUCUUGCACUAUGACUUACCAGUCAGGAAGAUUUGGAGAAAUGAGAAGUGAAGGCAAUGAAUGGCUGCUAGAGCGUUAUUCAGGAUGCAUUUUUGAUAUCUCAGAAGGAUAUUAAUCACUAUGAUCAAAGUAACAUACAGAGUUUAUGAAGUAUUAAAUCAUCUAAUGUGACAAUUAAUGAACACUGUGAAUGACUAAUGUAUAAUUUUUGAAAUAAAACAAACUAAUUGCUGCAUAAACUGACCAAUAAAGGAGCUUUUUUGUA